CCUGCGUCCGCGCGCGCCGGCGUCGCUGCGUCUCGGGGCAUUUGAAUUGCGCUUCCGCCAUCUUUCCAGCCCUCAGUCCCGCGGGCCGCAGACGCUUCAGGAAGGUGCAGCAUGGCGGCGCAGGGGGAACCGCAGGUCCAGUUCAAGCUCGUCCUGGUCGGCGACGGCGGCACCGGCAAGACCACGUUCGUCAAGCGCCACCUGACCGGCGAGUUCGAGAAGAAGUAUGUCGCCACCCUGGGCGUGGAGGUGCACCCCCUCGUGUUCCACACCAACCGGGGGCCCAUCAAGUUCAACGUGUGGGACACGGCCGGGCAGGAGAAGUUCGGGGGCCUGAGGGACGGCUACUACAUCCAAGCCCAGUGUGCCAUCAUCAUGUUCGACGUGACAUCGAGAGUCACCUACAAGAACGUGCCCAACUGGCACAGAGACCUGGUGCGAGUGUGUGAGAACAUCCCUAUCGUGCUGUGUGGCAACAAGGUGGACAUCAAGGACAGGAAAGUCAAGGCAAAGUCCAUCGUCUUCCACCGGAAGAAGAAUCUCCAGUACUACGACAUUUCUGCUAAAAGCAACUACAACUUUGAGAAGCCCUUCCUCUGGCUGGCGAGGAAACUGAUCGGAGACCCUAACCUGGAGUUCGUCGCCAUGCCCGCCCUGGCGCCCCCGGAGGUGGUCAUGGACCCGGCUUUGGCGGCACAGUAUGAGCGCGACUUGGAGGUCGCUCAGACGACUGCUCUCCCGGACGAGGACGACGACCUGUGAGGAGAGCAAGCUGGAGCCCAGCGUCAGAAGUCUAGUUUUAUAGGCAACUGUCCUGUGACGUCGGUGGUGCAGCGUGUUUGCCACUUUAUUAUGUAGCUAAGCAGAACCUGUGCUUAACCUUUGGGAUGCUGGAGAUGGAUGGGCUUCGAGUGAAUGUGGCAGUUAAAUCCUUUGUUUUGGGACCGCAUACUUAGCUGUUUUGGAAUACAGUUGUUCCCUCCCUGAGUUUCAGAUCUGAGACUGCUCUAGUCACAUCACAGUACUCAGUGGUGAGAUCUUGUUUGUUAUGUCAUUCCCGUUCCUUUUCGUUUAGAAUCAGAAUAAAGUUGUAUUUCAAAUAUCUAA